AUGCUGUGGCUUCGGAAGAGGAAUAGGAGGAGGAAGAUAGCCUCUGUGUCUCCACAAGAGGAGCACGAGCCACAAGAAUGCCACAAAGCACAGAAUGAGAACUGGAUCAAAUCUCACUUUAGCCGCCUUUCCGACGAGAAGCUGGCCCCUGGCAGGGCCCCGGCCCCCGGCAGCGCCCCCGCCCCCCAGCCUGAGACUGUCAACCGAGAGGCCAACACCACGGUUCGCAUGGAGACCUCCGCCUCAAGGGAGGCCUUCGCCAACAAGCAGAAGGUGCCUGCGUACUCAGUGGUCAGAGAGACCCACAAGGAGUCCUCGCCCACAGAUGAGGCCACGUGGGCCGCCGUGGCUGCUAGUACUAAGGAGCUUGACACCAAGGGACGCCAGCUGGCCAACUCCAUGUUGCAGCGGGCCAUGGUGUACCGGAACUCAGGCCACCUGGAGUCCAAGGACCUCAACCAAGAGGAGCUGAAGGCCCUCCAGGAGGUGGAGAUAAAGCUGAAGGGCAAUUUCCUCACGCAGCGGGAAACCACUGUCGCUGGUAUGAACCACACACACACCUUCCAUGGCCAUGGUCACCAUGGCCACCAGGAUCAUCCAAGCCACCCAAACCACCACCAGAGCCACAGCCUGCCCAACCGCAGCCAUCAGACCUAUCAGCCCUUCGAAGCCAUCUAA